AGGCUUCGGAAAGCCGCGGCCUGGACUCCCUGAACAGCUGAGAAGGUGGACACCAAGCUGUGGGAAGGUUUUGUUUCUUUUUUUUUUUUUUUUAGUUUUGUGAUAAUGCUGACUCCCUAACAUUACGUAGGAAGUGGAAGCUGAAACUUACAUGUACUUUUGGCCGUAGAAGAAAAUACUAGUGGCACAAUGGAUGAGGCAGCACCCCCUCCUACUCCUGCCAUUGUUAAGGAAGGUUGGCUCAACAAGCGUGGGGAACACAUCAAGAACUGGAGGCAGCGCUACUUCUUCCUUCAAGAAGAUGGCACUCUUCUGGGAUUUAAAACAAAACCAGAGCAUGGUCUUGAAGACCCACUAAAUAAUUUCACAGUCAAGCAAUGUCAGAUCCUGAAAACUGAAAGGCCACGACCAAACACCUUCAUUAUCAGAGGACUUCAUUGGACAACUAUUAUUGAGAGAACAUUUAAUGCCCAGUCAGCAAGUGACAGGGAGUCAUGGAUGGAAGCCAUCAAACAGGUAUCUGAGAGAAUAUCAGAUCCUCCACCUGAUCCAUCAGAUCGUCGUUUUGAGAUCCAGGAGUUCAGUAGAGUGAAGCAGAUACAUUUCAAGUACUCGAAUGACGAUGGUGAUGAUGCACCGGGAUUGCGAGGCACCAAGAAGAAAAGGAAAAUUACAUUAGAUAACUUUGAAUUUCUUAAAUUACUUGGAAAAGGAACCUUUGGAAAAGUUAUCCUCUGUCGUGAAAAGAGCAGCAACCAUUUCUAUGCCAUCAAGAUCCUUCGUAAAGAUGUGAUCAUCGAGCGUGAUGAGGUGGUCCAUACACUCACUGAGAACCGGGUCCUGCAAGUAGUAGAUCAUCCCUUUCUUACUUACCUCAAGUAUUCCUUCCAAACCAAUGAUCGCCUCUGCUUUGUGAUGGAGUAUGUAAAUGGUGGAGAACUAUUCUUCCACCUCAACCAGGAGCGCUUCUUCCCUGAAGAACGAGCCAGAUUCUAUGGAGCUGAAAUAUGUCUUGCACUUGGUUAUUUGCAUGAAAGAAAAAUUAUUUAUCGUGACUUGAAGUUAGAAAAUUUGUUACUGGAUGCUGAUGGGCACAUUAAAAUAGCUGAUUUUGGGCUCUGCAAGGAAGACAUCUCUUAUGGUUCAACCACCCGAACAUUUUGUGGCACACCAGAAUACUUGGCACCAGAGGUGCUUGGAGAAAAUGAUUAUGGGCGAAGUGUUGACUGGUGGGGCUAUGGAGUGUGCCUGUAUGAGAUGAUGGUUGGCCGCCUUCCAUUCUACGAUAAAGACCAUGACAAGCUAUUCCAGCUCAUUGUUUGUGAAGAUGUUCGUUUUCCAAAGACCAUCUCACAGGAAGCCCGGGAUCUCCUCAAGGGUCUGCUGCACAAGGACCCCAACAAGCGCCUUGGAGGAGGGCCAGGUGAUGCCAAAGAAGUACAAGCCCAUCCAUUCUACAUUACCAUCAACUGGAAACUUUUAGAGGAGAAGAAAAUUACCCCACCCUUCAAGCCCCAAGUGACAAGUGAGACAGAUACUCGCUACUUUGAUCAAGAGUUCACUGGGGAGUCUGUGCAGCUCAACCACACCACCUGACCAUGUGGUACACCUUAAUGUUAUGCUUGAAGAAUCAGAAAAUGUGGCUUUCCCUGAGUUUUCAUAUCAAGAUAUCUCGACAUUAGGCAGCUCCCUUGCCUCAAGCCUGAAUUCUCUAGGAGUUGCUGAAGAGGGCUUGAAUAAGCUUGAAUAAGGAUCAGAUUUAAGUAAGAAGGAAUUCAGCUUGUCUUCAGUCAUAAGCCAAGGGAUGGUACUGCAAGGUGUGUGCCAGUGCUGUCAUUGAUGAUGCUUCUCUGCCCUGUCACAUUGCAAGGUAGAGUAGAAGAUUCCAGGCUACAUUCAAUAUAUUCAAGUUUUGCAGCUACAGUUGACUUGCUGUAGGAACUUUUGAACAUGUCACUGCUAGUUUCUUUUGACGAAUGAAUGAAUGUGUGGAUUCUUGAAAUUUAACUGUAAAUUUUUACCUUCAUACUUCAUGAAUAGUCAGUACUUUUUGUUUAAGUGGAAAGCAGGGUAUGGUGGUUGUUGUAUAUCUUUGCAUCUCUUGCAUGGAUAUCUUAUGGAUAAUCCAAAUUCUAAAUUUGUGUUUUGUUUAAAAAGAUAUAAAACUUUUUAUAAGUGUUACAAUAUCAGCAUUUAUUAUUCCCUUGUAGAAUAGUUCUUUUAUGAAUGCUUAAUGUAGGGAGGAUGGUUAAGUUGCCAAAUAUGGCAGUUGGAAGUACAGUGUAAUAAUUUUAUUUUAUUCUGAAUAAUAAGUAAACAAAAGUUUUAUAGAUCUUGAAUAUGUGAAAUGUUAUGCAUACUAGAACAAUGAAAUAUGUUAUUGGGUUGUAUCUGUGCAUAGUAAACCUAUGUAUUUUAUACUAAUGAUCUAUGUUGAUAUAAGAUCUUAUUAAGCACAAUCAUUACACUUAUUCUGUCUGUGUCAUAUUCUCAUUGGCAUUAGCAAAUGCUCUCAAAGAAUUUAGAUAUAAGAUUUGUCUAUUUCUCUAUUUCAAAUUUAAGCUUCAUUCGGAUGUUUUAUAUUGUGUAAGACUUUAUCUGCUGCCUUUCCUGUCUUUUCUGAAUUGGCAUUUUGAUUCAGUAUCUCAAGAAAUUCAUUGAAUUUGUGUGCAUACAGAAAACCUCCAUAUAGCUGUAGUCAAGGUACCCAGUAUUCUUGUACAGCAAGUGGGUCUUAAGAAAAAAUAUUUACAAGGAAAUUCUUGAAUGCCAUUUUAAAGCACUUGAAGUAGUCAUGCAGUGGUUCUCCUUUAGGUGCAUUACUGCAUUGCAGUUUAAGAGUCAUCUGUUGUAUUUGAGUACAUUCACCAGUAUAAGUACUCGUAAUAUACUUGUACCAAAUUACCUUAUUCUGAUAGAGCUAAACCCACAUGACAUGAUGAGAUAUUUUGUUAACAGCUGCACACAAGUUAAAGAUUUCAUAACUAGUGGAAGUGAUGUAAUAUGUUUUAACAUGUCACAUUGACCAAGGUUACUGCCACCAACUGAAAGUUAAGUAAGUACGAGCUGUGUGAAGAAGAAAAUGACAGAGAACCAUAUUGAAGUGCUUUGUAAUGAGAGCAAUGUUUCCAUCAUCAGGUUGCCUGCAGCUCUGUUAUGGCAAUAUUUGAUUUAAAAACAUGUUUUUCCUUAGAACUUACUUUUGUUUUUGUGUUGUAAUUCAAAGAAUUACUAAAGUUGAUUCAUGAUAUUUAAAUGCCUCAGAGAAUAGAUGCAUGAAUGUCAUAAAUAUGCAGUAGCAAAACAUGUGAUUGCAAUACAGAAAAAUGACAACCGUGGCUGGCUCAGCUACUGCAAACUGCUUUUAUCCCACUCAGUAUUUGUUAAAAAUUUCUUUGAUAGUUUUUAACUACUAAUUACUUGAAGCAUUUGCCAAUAUAUAUUUUUUCUUGAGUAUGCUUUCAUAACAAUAUUCAUCUUGCCUUGUUAUAUUUUAUAUUUUCAUUCAAGUUCACAAAUAAAUAUUGAGCUUUGUGCUGUA